ACCUGCACUCCGAGAAAUGUAUUACAAGUGGAUAAAUAAUGUGCACUGCUCUGAGCCCAAAGGUACGCAGCGGACCUGGCCUCUCUGAUAUGCAUCAGUAUAGCCAGUGGCUGGCCAGCAGACAUGAAGCUAAUUUGCUACCGAUGAAAGAAGAUCUGGCCUUGUGGUUAACCAAUCUGUUAGGGAAGGAGAUUACAGCAGAAACUUUUAUGGAGAAAUUGGAUAAUGGUGCCUUGCUCUGUCGACUUGCAGAAACUGUGCAGGAGAAAUUCAAAGAGAGCAUGGAUGCUAACAAGCCCGCCAAGAAUCUGCCCUUAAAGAAGAUUCCAUGCAAGGCCAGUGCACCCUCAGGAUCCUUUUUUGCCAGAGACAAUACAGCAAACUUCUUAUCCUGGUGCCGAGAUUUAGGGGUAGAUGAAACAUGUCUGUUUGAAUCGGAAGGUUUGGUCCUCCACAAGCAACCCAGAGAAGUGUGUCUCUGUUUGCUAGAGCUUGGCCGGAUUGCAGCCAGGUAUGGUGUGGAGCCUCCUGGUUUGAUAAAAUUGGAAAAAGAAAUUGAACAGGAAGAAACACUCUCUGCCCCUUCUCCUUCACCUUCUCCUUCAUCAAAGUCUUCUGGAAAAAAGAGUACAGGAAACUUACUGGAUGAUGCAGUGAAACGGAUUUCUGAAGAUCCUCCUUGCAAAUGCCCGAGCAAGUUCUGUGUGGAGAGGCUCUCGCAAGGAAGAUACCGAGUGGGAGAAAAGAUCCUCUUCAUUAGGAUGCUGCACAACAAGCAUGUCAUGGUCCGUGUGGGAGGAGGUUGGGAAACUUUUGCAGGGUAUUUGUUGAAACACGACCCCUGCCGGAUGCUGCAGAUCUCCCGUGUGGAUGGCAAGACAUCCCCCAUCCAGAGCAAAUCUCCAACCCUUAAGGACAUGAAUCCAGAUAAUUACCUGGUGGUCUCUGCCAAUUAUAAGGGAAAGAAGGAAAUUAAAUGAAACUAGUUGGUCACUACAAGGGGACUCUCAUAAUGGCCUGUAUCCACAUCUCCAGUAGUCAGUUUAGUUCACAUGCUAUGAAAAUUACUUUGGAAAAAGACAUAACAGACAGAAAGACGUCAUCAUGUACAAACAUGCUCAAAGAGUAGCACUAUUUAUUUUGAAUGCUUCUGUAGAAAAUGACCUAUUAAAAGAAAUUCUCAACUCAGAUUUAAAUUAGACAAACUGUAGGCAAAUCAUUGUUUCUCAGUAUGUGAACGUGGUAUUUAGCACACAAUAUUAGCAAUACAAUUCUAGCUAAAGAUAAAAAUUAUUAGAAGAAAAUAGGAUUUACAGUUAAGUCCACAGAAAGUGCCUGCCUAAUGUGUACAGAAUAACAGCACCCCAGAUAUUUUUUAUAAUUGCAGGAUUUUUAAGCUGAUUUUUAAAAAGUGACAAUUAGUGUGAUGAUGUGCUACUAAAAAUAUCCAACAGCACUAUAAAUUAAAGUACAGUGUAUCCACGACAGUAAUAACGUUACUGGAAAGGCCACUUCAGAAAAGUUUACAUUCACUUGGAAGAAUGCCUUAAAGUUUAUCCGUUAUCUCUGAACAAACACCUGGGGCACUUUUGGAAGUUUUCACUACACCCCUUAGAGAAUGGCUUAUGAGUUGUUUACACAUUCCUAGACACGUGGCUGUGUUGAGACUGAGUGUAAUUCACACACAUAAGCUGACAUACGUUUAUAUUUUGAAAGAGUAAAUUGUACAGUCAAAU